CGGGGUGGAGCGGGUGCCGGCGCGUCACGUGAGCGGGCGAGGUGGGCCCGCGCGGGGCGGGGAGCGCUCGGCGGCGCACUCGGGCCCGCGGCGGGGAACGGCGGCCGCGUCGCGGGGCCAGCUACAGCACAAAAGUUGAAUGUUGUUUGAAAGUUGAAGGAAUGAACACGCUGCUGUCCUCUCUUCUUGCACUGAAGGGGUUGUCUCUGUAUUUUCUACAACUGAAAUGACUUCUUAAACCUGGAGGCUUCUGAGCAAGAGAAAACAAAAUAGGUAGUCUAGGAGGAAGUUUGAAUCUCCAAUUUCUACUUUCUCAUCAGAUAUCAGGUAUGGCUUCAUCAUCAACACCUAAAUAUAAUUCAAACUCCUUGGAGAAUUCCUCAAGUAAAAGGACUCUAAAAGAUGGAACUAACUGGGAACAAAAUGAAGAAAUACCUCGUCUGCCAGGAGAGACUAGAGUUACAGACAAGGAUGUUAUAUAUAUGUGUCCAUUUAAUGGCCCUGUUAAAGGAAGAGUGUACAUCACAAACUACAGACUGUACCUAAGAAGUGUGGAAAAUGAUCCAGUUGUGGUAUUGAAUGUUCCGCUGGGUGUAAUUUCAAGGAUUGAAAAAAUGGGAGGAGCUUCAAGCAGAGGAGAGAACUCUUAUGGAUUAGAUAUAACCUGUAAAGAUAUGAGAAAUUUAAGGUUUGCAUUAAAACAAGAAGGACACAGUAGAAGAGAUAUAUUCGAAGUCCUCACAAAAUACGCUUUUCCCCAGUCACAUAACUUGCUUUUUUUUGCAUUUGCAAAUGAAGAAAAAUUUUCUGAAAAUGGAUGGAUGGUGUACAAUCCAAUGUCUGAAUACAGGAGACAAGGACUGCCUAAUGAACGGUGGAGAGUGACUUUUAUUAAUGAACAUUAUGGACUGUGUGACACAUAUCCAUCGCUCUUAGUAGUGCCAUAUAAUGCAACAGAUGAUGAUCUCAAGAAAGUUGCUGCCUUCAGGUCCCGAAAUAGAAUCCCAGUUCUGUCAUGGAUUCAUCCAGAGACUCAAGCUGUUAUUAUGCGCUGCAGUCAACCCCUUGUUGGAAUGAGUGGCAAACGGAAUAAAGAUGAUGAAAGAUAUCUUGAUAUCAUCAGGGAGGCUAAUGGGCAAAUCACAAAACUGACCAUCUACGAUGCUAGGCCCAAUGUCAAUGCAGUUGCAAACAAGGCGACUGGGGGAGGAUAUGAAGGUGAAGAUGCAUAUCCCAAUGCCGAACUUUUCUUCUUGGACAUUCAUAAUAUUCAUGUCAUGCGGGAAUCUUUGAAGAAAUUGAAGGACAUUGUUUAUCCUAAUGUGGAAGAAUCACACUGGUUGUCGAGUCUGGAAUCAACCCACUGGUUGGAACAUAUAAAGCUUGUCUUGACAGGAGCUAUUCAAGUGGCAGACAAGGUAUCCUCGGGAAGGAGCUCAGUGGUGGUUCACUGCAGUGAUGGCUGGGAUCGGACAGCACAGCUGACAUCGCUGGCCAUGUUGAUGCUAGACAGCUACUACAGAACAAUUGAAGGCUUUGAAGUUCUGGUGCAAAAAGAGUGGAUAAGCUUUGGACACAAGUUUGCAUCGAGAAUAGGCCAUGGUGAUAAAAAUCAUGCUGAUGCAGACAGAUCACCCAUCUUUCUCCAGUUUAUUGAUUGUGUGUGGCAGAUGUCUAAACAGUUUCCUACGGCCUUUGAAUUCAAUGAGCAGUUCUUGAUUACCAUUCUGGAUCACUUGUACAGCUGCCGGUUUGGUACUUUCUUGUAUAACAGUGAGUCUCUAAGAGAAAAAGAGAAAGUGACCGAGAAAACAUUAUCAUUAUGGUCUUUGAUAAACAGUGAAAAAUCUAAAUACACCAAUCCUUUUUAUACUAAAGAACUAAAUCGAGUACUCUAUCCGGUGGCCAGUAUGCGUCAUUUAGAGCUCUGGGUUAAUUACUACAUCAGGUGGAACCCAAGAAUUCGGCAACAACAGCCAAAUCCAGUGGAGCAGCGUUACAUGGAGCUCCUUGCAUUACGUGAUGAUUAUAUAAGGAGACUUGAAGAACUACAGAUCACAAAUAAUUCUAAGAUACCCAAUUCAUCAGCCUCAUCAUCAUCUCCCUCACAAAUGAUGUCCCAAGUACAAACACACUUUUAAAGCAAAUGUUGGCUUUGUUCUAUACUGUAAUGGCAAGUGGUGCUUAACAUAGAUCUAUAGCAUAAAGAGGAAUAUAUAAAUGCCUUACAUUUGACUGUUCUAACACAAAUUAUUUUAGACUGUCUUCAUUUGAGGACUCCAAACAAAACCAACUCUUCAAUUACGUGCCUUUCAGAACCUGUGGACUGGGAGCAUUAUUAAUCAAGUAAUAGUUAUGGAGGGCUUUGAGAGGUAUUUUGGAAAGUCUGGUACAAUUGAAAUGAAAUUGAUUUAUUGUUUGCAUAGGAAUUUUUUUAAUUUAUUACAUUGUAUGUCAUGUUCCUGUAAGGAAAUUCAUGCUCAGUCUUACAUGUCAUGCAUAAGCACAUUAAUGGCAAUAGGAAUAUUCACAUUGUGUAAAAUUAGGUAUAUGUGUAUUCCUGUUAGGAAUAUGCUUGUGGAGUUCAUGAGAUUUAAAAAUAAAUUCUAUUGUAAGAUUUCAGAGAGAAGUGUUGAAAUUUUCUGGUUACCUGAGAAUUCCAAACUUUUCUUUUUUGAAAUAAAAAAAAUAUGGAAGAGAUUUCACUGAUGCUCUGAUGAUAUUUGAAGAAGUUCAAAUAGCUCAGUAGAUAUCAAAAUAAAAUAAAAACCUAUAGUUUAUUAUAAAUUGAUACUAACUUUUUUUUUAAACAAAUGACAAUUGUACUAGAUUCUACGAAGUCCUGUUUUGGCUAACUGUUCAGCACUAAAGUAUUUACAAAUUAUCACUGUUGGCAAAAUUGGUUCUUUGGAUUAAUACAGAAUAAAAUGGUUCUGAAGAUUUAUAUAAUUAAAAACAGACCCACAGAGACAUUGUUUUAAAUAUCCAGCAAUAGCCGUAGCCAUAGUAUUGAAGCUUGUGUUUUUCUUCUAAAUGUAAAUGUGCCUGUUUAAAGGAGCUUUUAUACCAAAGUAGGCAAAAAUUUUCAGUUAUAAAUACUGUUAAAAAUUUGUACAUUAAUAGCUUACUGUUUAAUUUAACUUUUGUUCAAUGAAUUUAUUCUUCUGUAUUUAAGGGACUUCAGUAUACAAGAUUUGCAUCUAGUGUGUGCACUUAUAUUGAACCUUGCAGUGAAUUCUAGCUUCAAUCCUUCAUUUCAGAGAUUUCUUGUAAACCUUUAAUUUGUUCCUUUCAGAUACUUUUUAAAUAGUUGCAAGCAUUUCAUAUGACAGCACAAACCUUGCUACUUGAUAUUUAAUUAAAAUUUUGCAUCUUUUCCGAAGUUUAAUGAUAUUCAGGCAAUCCAGAAAAUAUUGCAAUUCAGAAUCUGUAGAGGACUCUAAUAUUGUUAUUUUGAUGCUUGAGGCUUCUUGUCAUUGUAAAUUAUUGUACAUGUGGGAGGUUUUGAUCUGCAAGAUAUAAUAGGAUUAUAUAUAAAUUAAGUUUUGUGUAAGUACAUAUAGUUUAUUAGAAAUUCUGCAAGUUUAUAAACUGUAAAUAUUUUGCAUAUGAAAACUAAAUUUAAAGCUAUAGUUCCAUAAAAUAAGUCAAAGUUAGAGGACAUCUGAAUAUUUUUAGAACAGUAUUUUUUCAAAGGAAUAAAAGUAUACCACCUCUUGAUUGUAAUUCAGUAUAUACAUUGAAUUGCACUAUUUUUUUCAGGGAAGCUCAGAGCAUAUGGCAUGCAUGUUCUAAAUAUACAUGAUGUAUAUGACUUAUUUUUGUUUUCUAAAUUUCAUUCUCCUAUCAGUGUUCUUCAGUAUGUUUCCAAAAUAACAUUGUCUCAAAAUCUUGACAUGUUAAGGUAAAUAAGAUGUAUUAUGUCAGAUAAAGGAAGAAGGAUACUCAGUUGUUCACGAUAUACUUCACAUUUUGAAAGCUAUGCAUACUCUGGUAUAUUUGCCUUCUACUUUACUUGCAGUUUAUUAAAAAAGCUAUUUUUAUUAGAAUAUUUAAAGUUUCUGUAUUUGAGUUGAAUGUAUGGGUGACAUCUCUGAGCAGUGUGGAGUUCAGAAAAUAUAACAGUUUUUACUGUGUAAACACUACAUGAUAACCUAUUGCAUUUGGGAAAGUGUACUAUAAUGGAAAGGAUCUAUUUGCACUUCAUUACAUAUAUAUACACCAUUCGUCAUAUUUCUAGUUCAGUCAAAUUUCAGUCUUUGAAGCGCUCUAACAUAGCUCUGUGCAGGCUUGGAUUUUUUCAAGUCAACAGAUAAAAUACUUGUUUUAACUCUAUUUUUACAUGGCAAUAUCAGGCAAACAUAGGGGGGUGUGUUUAGUCCAAUUCUUUCUGGAAAAUACUACUCUGGAAAAUACUUCUUCUGGAAAAUACAAGUUGUUGAAUGUAGGCAUGCAAACUGAACAACGUUAACUGAAAACUUUUCGCCUUUCCACUUCCCUGUGUGAUGUUGGCUGUCGUUCUGCCGCACAGGGCCUGCCCACGCAGGGUGGCCGCAGCACCUCCCGUCCCCCUGUGCAGCUGCAGCGGCAGCAGCUGGCCCCGUUAGCGGCUGUGGGUUCCCUGGUGUACCCGUCACAGCCACGAACAAACCUGGGGAAGCUUUUGAGGUGGUGGAUGAGAGAGUUCCAGGUGCUGAGUGCCUUUUCCAGGAGGGGUAAAAAAGCAGGGCUGGGAUGUGAGCACCAACAGCUAUCAAUGUCCAAUAGAAAAUAUCCAUCUUGGAAUGUUAUUGUAGUUUUUUUCCUUUCUGUAUUACUUCCGCGAACCCAAGAUGAUAACCUAGUUCUUGUGCUGGGCUUCAGUUACUUAUUUAGAAAUAAGUUUAUUUGUUAAAUGCCGCCUUUAUUUGCUUAUGCCUUAUCCACGCUAGUGUCACUGUUAUGGGUAUACCCUAGAAAUUAUUUGCGUACUACCUCCUUUUGAUUUAUUUUUAAACUCUGCCUUGAGUUCAGUUUAUUGUCUCACAGUGAGCAUUUUGUGUCAUGAUUGAGAGAACAGAUUUUUUUAUAACUGACCGGGAAUCUCCACGUCUACUCCAUACUGCUCCCCAAACCGUGUCAGCUGCCCUCGCUGGAUACUGCAGGACUGCGCUGGGGCGGGGUGGUGUUUGUCAAUCGAGUUUGGGGAGGGGGGGGAAGAGCUUAACAGCCGUCUGCCAUGUCUGUGUGUGAAGGGGAAAAAAAAAAAAAAUAAAGAUGUCCGUUUUAAA